AUGAGUUUCCGCUCGUGGGACCUGUAUGAAUUCCCUCUGCUACAAAACACGACCAAACACGUGUGGCCUGUCAAAUCUGCCUCUAAUUUGGAAAAACCGCGAUAUGUUAUUUUUGCACUACAGACUGGUCGGAUGAAUGUCAUGGCGGAAAAUAUAACUCAAUUCGACAACUGCAAUUUGAUCAAUGCAAAACUCUAUCUAAAUUCAGAGUGUUAUCCGUACGAUGAUAUAAAUUUGGACUUUGCGAAGAGAAGAUACGCUAUACUUUACGAUAUGUAUAAACGUUUUCGUACAUCGUACUAUAGAUGCAGCAGUGAUGAUGUAUGGUUAACAACUGAUGAUUUUCUGCGGCGAGGUCCUUUCGUGGUUAUCGAUUGUUCGCGUCAAAAUGAAUCAAUCAAGAGUGCCACUGUGGAUGUGCGAAUAGAAUUUGAAUGUAAAGAGAACAUACCGGUGAAUACUACCGCGUACUGUCUCAUCCUACAUGAUCGCGUAGUUGAAUACAGUCCGCUCACCAGCAUAGUGCGCAAACUCAACUAA